GAAGAUAUUUUUCUCAUGGGGAGAAUCAAUUGUCGGGCCCAAGAUGCGUAAUUGGGCCAGAUCGGCCUGGCCCGGCCCGAGAGAACCAGGCUCACGUGACCGUCCAUCUCACCGCAUCAGCUUAUCCCGGGGCGUUUGUUUCGUUAGGGUUUUGGUGGCUCUCUCAAUCUUUCCGGCGAGCUAACCUACCGGCGUUGUCUGUCGCCGGCGAUCGUUUGAAUUGAAGGAGAUCAUGACGCUUUCAGACGAUGAAGACGAGAUCCUCGCCCAGUUCUUAGAAUCAGAGGUCCUUUCCGAGGCCUCUGAUCACCAAGACGACGACGGCGGCGGUGGUGGCGGCGACGACCGCGAGCAGGGAGAGGCGAAAUUGGAUCCCCCGCAGGCAAAGAGACCUCGCGUGACUGAUAACCAAGACUAUUCCGAUGGCUCGUCAUCUUCACUGGCUUUCACUGGCUUAAACAGCAAAAGCAUCCCAAAGAGGAUAGAGUCUGGGAUUUUCAGCAAGAUUCCUGCUGAUCUCUUCCAUAAUAUCCUCAAAUUUCUCUCCUCCGAGGAUCUUAUUGCGUGCUCGCUGGUCUGUAGAUUCCUGAAUUAUGCAGCAUCAGACGAAGCGCUAUGGCGUCGCCUGUAUUGUAUGCGGUGGGGCCUGCUGCCGCUGACAAAAAAAUUACGUGAAGUUGCUUGGAAAAAGCUCUACAUUGAGCGUGAUGAAGAGGACAUGAUUGAGUUCGUUAGGAAUUGCCCACUUGAGUUCAAAGAGUAUUACAUCCAAAUGCAAGCAGCAAAGAGAAGCCAAGCACCCCUUCCUUCACAGGUGAAUGAUGAUAAGAUAAUUCUUGACAAGACAGUUGCUGAUCAAGUGUCAAUUUGGAAAAAGAGCAAAGGCUUAACUGACAAGGUGGUGGUUGAUCACGCAUGUUCGGGAGAAACAUGUUCAUACUACCAAAUUGGAGAUGUAUUUGUCUGUGAAAAGACUGGACAAGUUCACGUCUGUGACGAUACAUGCAGAGAAGUUAUUUUAGAUCCUACAAAUGAACUUUUGGUCUGCACAAUUUCUGGGCAUUGUUUUGAUAGAUUGCUGUCACCAGCUGAAAUGGAACCAGAUGCUGAACAACAACAAAUUGGCGCAACAGAUGAAGCAGAACCAUUCAUGGGAUCUGGCCGUUUUGCUCGUGCUUAUUUGUUGGGAUAUAAUUGUGCUGAUGAGAAGGAGCUAGAAGCUGCUUUGAGGUUUUGUUGAACCAAUUCAUAGUCACCCAUGAGGAAACUACAGGAAUCGUGCUUACCAGGAACAUGGAUAGUUAUGUUGUAUGCCUUCAGGCUUGUUUUAUGGUCGUAUGGACUGAACUAGUUGUUCAGUUUUGGUCGCUUUGUAAUAUGGAUGUAUGGAAACCUUUAUUUAUGGACGAACUUAGAACUUUGGUAAUGUAUGUAUGGAGAAUGGUUCUUUACUUUCGCUGCAUCUAUGUUUAAUGAUGAUGGUAUCAGGAACACAGACGUCACUAAAGUGGCACCUCAGGCCCACGAGGGGUUCAAGGCGUUACACAUGCAGACGCACUUGCAGAUGGUUACUUUGACUGUGUAUGGGUUGAUCCCCCAGGACAUAAGUCCAGCUUUUGGGCCGCACAACCCAUACCAUUGGGGAAGUAAAUGGUGUGCUGGUCUCAGGGAGUGUCUUUUACACAUAUAUGCUAAUUUAUGUAAAUGGUAUUUCUAAUUAUUGAACUUGUUUAUACAGUGUAAAUGAAAAGGGUAUUUUCCACUGUGUAGAGUGAGGAUAAUGUAUAAUUGCUAUUUCGAUUAAAUGGAGAAUGGAAUGUAUUUUGUAUUUACUAAAACUCAUGCUGGCCACACACUGAUAUUAAUUUAAUCUAUCUUACUGAGAAAUGUCUCACCCCAAUAUAGAAAUCAUCUUUUCAAGACCAUCUUGAGAUCGAGCUUAGCAAGCUCCGGGGCAGGGUGAUAGCUAGUUUCUGUUUGCGAGUGUCUGUAAGAAUUCGAAUGUAUAUAUGUUAUGUUUGAAGUCCCCGAAUAUGUAUUAUGGUCGUAUGGACUAAGUUAGUUUUCUUUGUUUUGGUUGGGAUGUAAUAUGGAUAUUGGGAGACUUCUAUGUAUGUUAGCAGUUUAGAACUCUGGUAAUGUAUUUGGAGGAUGUAUAAUU